AUGACUAUCCUCGCGGCACUCCUGGCAAUUACUCUGCCUCUGGCAGAUCUUGCUAAUGCGGAGCGUGUUCUGGGAGCAUAUGUCUUCCAGCGCCAUGGAGAUCGCACCCCUAAGGAGCUGCCACCGACUAAGUUGACCUAUCUGGGUUAUAACGAAGAGUACGUGGCUGGCACUGUUUUCCGUGACCGGUACAUUCUCCCAGGCUCGUCGAAUCAGAUUGAGGGUAUCAGUACCGACCUGGUCAAUCUCGCACAGAUCACGGCUAGUGCGCCGCAGGACACGGUCAUCCAAAUCUCAGGGCAAGCCUUUCUGCAGGGCCUGUACCCUGCAGCGGGAUCCAGUGCUAAUGAGACACUCCGGAAUGGAUCUAUAAUCGAUGCCCCGCUAAGCGGCUACCAACUCAUUCCUAUCGAGAAUGUCCAAAGUGGCGCUGGCAGCGAGGACAACCCAUGGCUACAAAGCGCGUCCCUCUGCACCAAUGCCGACUUGAGUAGUAACAACUUCUACUACUCAUCAUUGUACAGCAAUUUGCUUUCAUCCACACACGACCUAUAUCAGUCUCUCGAGCCUCUCCUUAGCCACACAUACACGCCUAGCCAGAUGAACUUCAAGAAUGCGUUCGGCAUCUGGGACAUGCUCCAUGUCGCCUUAAUCCACAACUCGACCAGCAACUUCCCUAACUCGGAUCUACUAAAUGACGAAAUCAUGCAACAACUUCUUGUUCUGGCAAAUACGCACGAAUUCAACCUGGCCUACAACAACACUGAUACGAUUCGGGCUGUGGCUGGCAUGACCCUCGCGGGCCAGGUUCUGACAAGCCUCAACCAAACAAUCAUGUCUGGCGGCAAAUCCAAGCUGAACAUCCAAUUUGGCUCCUACGCAACUUUCCUAUCCUAUUUUGGCCUCGCUGGACUUGCUUCAAAUGAUGUGAAUUUUACUGGAAUGCCCGAUUACUCUUCCUCAAUGGCAUGGGAGCUAAUCACUAACGCUCCCGGCACUGACAUACCUUCUGAAUCGGACAUCAGUGUGCGUUUCGUGUUCCAUAAUGGAACUAUCAAUAACUCGGCACAGCUGCAGGCCUAUCCUCUAUUUGGGCAGUCUACGAUAGAGCUCCCCUGGACGCAGUUCGUUGAGAGCACCAACCGCUUUGCUCUUAGAUCUGAACAGCAAUGGUGCCAGGCGUGUGGAAACAGCACGGGGAUCUGCGCCUUGACCGCCAACGAGAGCGCAAGACCUCUACCCUCGGAUUCCUCGUCUAACGGAAUAAGUCCUCCAGUGGCAGGUGUAAUUGGUGCCAUGGUGACUUUGGGUGUCCUUGGGCUUCUGGUCGCCUUGAUUAUGCUUGUCUUUGGUCUGCGGCUUGUGCGUGUGAGCGCUGGUGCGUUUGGUACGAGAAUGGAACUGAACUCGUUGUCAAAGCUAGGAUCUCUGUGA